AUGUCAGACCAAGCUUUCGGAACCCAUUGGCAUCGCAGCGAUGCAACGGCUCGCAGUAGCUGCCACCACGAACAUCUCGCACAAGUCAGAUAUGGUAGUCUUCCUCCUCUUUAUUUUACACCAUCCGCCCAGCAUGCCAUCCAACAAAACACACUCCUUCAUCUCGAAAGAGCACAACUCGAUAUGGGACCCGGCAAACCAUGCCCCCCAGCUCUUACGCGCGAAGUCAACAAUCUUCGGAAAGAAUUAUCUCAAGGCAUGUCUAAGGAGCGUAGAAAAGUCUUGCGGCAGCACGUAUUCAGCUUGAGGAGCGAGCGAGAGAAACGCGUGGCGGAGUUGUAUCUGGCCCGGUUCCCCGGGUUCUUGCUCGAUGAAGAUGGGCGGUUGGAUUAUGGUAUCGGAGAUUGGUUUGAGUCGGUGGUGGAGGAGGGAGACCAAGAGAGAGGAAAGCUCUGCAUAGUGAUGUAG